AAGGUCCAGCCUCUCGAGCCCACCGGCGCCCUCGACCAGUUUGAGCGCGAGGAGCUCGCCACCGCGCUGGGCGACCGGUUCGCGCCCAACGUCCGCCUCAAGGAGAUCCUCGCCCUGCCCAAGGACGAGGGUGACGCCAUCCUCCGCGACCUCACGAUCCUCAUCUCUCUGCGCGGCGUCGUCUUCUUCCAGGACCAGCACGAAAUCGUCCCCGAGGACAUUGGCCGCCUCGCGCUCCGACUCGGCGAGCUCGCCGGCAAGCCCGAAGACUCGACCCUGCACAUCCACCCGACGCAAGAGCUGUCGGAGAGCGGGCUGCCUCUCGGCAAGAUCUCGUCGACGCCGGACAAGGAGGGCCGCCAGAUCUCGUUCGCCGAGAAGGGCCUCACCUCCUCUGGGUGGCACACCGACGUCGCUUUCGAGCCCCGCCCGUCCCUGUACACGAUCCUCCAGAUGCACACGCUCCCUCGCGUCGGCGGCGACACCCUGUGGUCGAGCAACUACGCGGCGUACGACCGCCUCACGCCCCCGUACCAGCGGUUUCUCGAGGACUUGACGGCGCUGCACGACGCCGAGCGCUUCAGGGUCCAGGCGCGCCAGAACGGGUUCAAGCUGCGCACCGAGCCGCGAGGGAGCCCGCUCAACCAGGGUGACGCCUUCCAGGCGAGCCACCCCGUCAUUCGCACCAACCCCGUCACAGGCCUGCGCGCGCUCUACGUCAACCCGACCUUUACGACCCGGAUCAACGAGCUCGGCGUCGACGAGAGCCGCAGCGUCCUCGACUUCUUGUUCCGCGUCCAAGUCGAGUCGCACGAGGCGCACGUCAAGUACAAGUGGAAGAAGAACGACCUCGCGAUCUGGGACAACCAGGUUGUCAACCACCUCGCGACGUUCGACUUCAACGAGCCCCGCGCCGGCGACCGCGCCGUCGUCGUCGGCGGCACGCCUUACUUCGACCCGGCGAGCAUCGGCCGCGACGAGUGGCUCGCGCGCAAG